CUGAACCACCCAGCCCCCCUCACACACAGCGCUGGGCUGUCAGACAGUUGUUCAGCUUGAACGGAGCGGAGGAGACAAGGCUGCUGAGUUUUAAGAGUCUCACAGAGCUAUGGGGGAGAAGGAGCAGUCUACUGGAGGGCCUCAUUUCGUGGGGACAAAAGAUGAACUGAUUGCAGCGAGUCGCUCGUUCAGAACACUGGAGGGUCGGGACAUACUGAUCGUCUACCAACAGGGAGUGUUCUAUGCUUUGGAUUCUUAUUGCUAUCAUGCUGGGGCGAUGCUGCAGAAUGGAGACAUUGAGGAAAUUGAUGGCAAGCUGUGCAUAAUUUGUCCAAAUCACAAGUACAAGAUUUCCCUGGCCCAGGGGGAGGGCAUAUACAAGGGCACAGACCCCAGACAGAAGCCACCUGUGGCCAGAUGGUACUCCAAGGGCGUGAAGCAGCGGACCCACAUGGUGACCGAGACCGACGGGAAAGUCUACGUCCAGCUCUCCGAGGCAACAGGCUGGAUCGACUCCGACUACUACCAGGGAGAAAAGGGCAAAGUGGAAAGGGCCAAAGCCAGGGCUGCUGAGGAGAAACCCUCCUGAUGGUGUAACAGAUGGAUGCAGAUGCCAUUUUUAGUCUCUCUUUUUUAAUCUCCCCUCAUUUUCUCCGACGGAUGUGUUUAUAGAGAGGAUGUCAGGUAUCAAUAUAACACUUGAAUGUGAAUCUUCUGUAUUUGGGGAGAAUUUAGAGUUUUCAUUGUUCUAAUUUUGGUUUACUACUUGACAACAGAUUAAAAUGUUUUCCCACAAGAUCGGGUCAAAUAUCU